AGGUGAGCAGAUGGGGUCCUUUUGGAUAUUGUGCAUCUGCUUUGCUUUGUUCUUCAGCAGAGCAGAAUCAUGUCAAAAUCCUGGAGACCUUAUCAAAGCAUCAUCACCUGGGGAUAUCAUCAUCGGUGGCCUAUUUUCAAUUCAUACAAAUGUGAAAUAUUCACAUCUUCCUAGGAGACCUGAAGCGCUUGUUUGUGAGGGAUUCAACACCGUUGGGUUAAUCCGAAUGAUUUCUAUGAUUCAUGCUAUAGAGGAAAUUAAUAACUCCACUCUCCUCAAUGGUAUUAAACUGGGAUAUGACAUCUAUGAUACUUGUUCAGAUGUUACAAAUGCUGUCCAAGCCACCAUGGAGUUUAUUUCCAAUUCUUCUCAAAGCUGUGUAGAGCCUCAUUGCAAGAAUACAGACUUUGUGCCGAAAGUGAAAGCUGUGGUGGGAUGUGAAUAUUCUGAAAUCUCAAUUGCUGUUGCAAGGGUACUAAAUAUACAACUAAUUCCUCAGAUUAGUUAUGCAUCAUCUGCGGAAAUGCUAAGUGACAAAAGACGCUUUCCUGCAUUUCUCAGAUCCAUACCGAGUGACAAACAUCAAACUAAAGCAAUGGUCAAACUGGUAGACAUGUCUGGCUGGAACUGGAUUGGGACCAUUGCAACCGAUGAUAUUUAUGGGCGAUCUGCUAUUGAAAGUUUUAUUUCACAAGCCACACCGAUAGGUAUCUGUGUUGAUUUCAAAGAAUUCAUCCCACUUGUUAUCUCAGACACAAUAAUACAUAACAUCAUAGAGCUAAUCCGCAAGGAAGAAAGAGUUAAGGUCAUUGUUGCCUUUGCAAGUCCAAGCUUUAUGAAAAAGUUAUUCCAGGCUUUUGAAGGAGAGAUUCUGGAUAAAAUCUGGAUCGCUAGCGACAGCUGGUCAACAUCUAGUGAAGUUUCUGCCUUGCCAAACCUAAACAACAUUGGAAAAGUCAUUGGAUUCACAUCUCAGAGUGAAAAUCCAACAUCAUUUUAUGAGUACUUGAAAAAUGUGAAGAUCAACAUAGAGGCAGUGAAGAACAACAUAUUUUUAAAAGAAUACAGAGCUCGGGUCUCAGGCUGUUCACAGCACACAGGUGACUUUGACUCUUGUGUUUCAAAUUACACCUUGGAUCUGUGCAGCCUUGUGGAGAAAAAACAGGAAACUCAAGACACAAAAGAGGAGUUCUUAUUGAGAAACAUCAGGCCGUACCCAGGCAUAGUCUCCAACACACAGUUGGCAGUUCAGGCUAUUGCUCAAGGCAUUCACGACCUAUGCAAAGAUGGGACGUGCCACAAUCCCAAGAUUAUUUCUCCCUGGGAGUUGUUAGAUGCUGUCAAGAAGGUUGCAUUCACAUAUGAAGGGAAAGAAGUUUGCUUUGAUCCCAAUGGGGACCCUAACGUUGGCUACAGCAUUGUGAUGUGGAAAACAGACAAUGGAACAACAGAGGUUCAAAAUGUAGUGGCUCAAUAUGACAUAGACGAAGGUGAUUUUGUCUUUCCAGAUUUUACAAAAAAACAAGCUAUUCUUGAUCUUCAGAAAGUAAUCUCAAAAUGCUCAGACAGUUGCACAAAAGGACAAUUUAGAAAAACUGCUGGUGGACAACACACCUGUUGUUUUGAAUGCGUAAACUGCACAGGAAAUCACUAUUCUGAUCCUAGGGAUAUGUAUCAAUGUUUACCCUGUGACCACCAUACAGAGUGGUCCCUUCCUGGAGGUGCAGAGUGCAGUAAAAAAGAACUGGAAUACUUUAUGCUGAGUGACGUCUUUGCAAUUGCACUGCUGAUUGCAGCAGCUACUGGAGUCGCCCUUGUAUGUGUAAUUGUAGUUAUUUUCAUUAGGCAUAGAAAAACCCCGGUUGUCAAAGCAUCAGGUGGGGCCAUCUGUUAUGUGAUUCUGUUGUGCUUAUUUUGUAAUUUUGUCUGUUCUGUCUUUUUUGUAGGGCAGCCACGUAAUAUGAUUUGCCAAGUCAGACAGGUCCUCUAUGGCUUGAGUUUUGCAUGUUGUGUCUCAUGUAUUUUAGUUAAAUCUUUCAAAAUACUGCUAGCGUUUAACUUUAACGCUGAUGUACAGGCAGUUUUGAGGAAACUGUAUCGUCCAGUUGCUAUCAUUAUAGGCAGCACUGGAAUUCAGGUAUUAAUCUGUACACUUUGGUUAAUUUUAAAUGGGCCACAUGAAGAAAGAGUGCCAUAUGAAAGAACCAUUUUGCUCCAGUGUAAUGAAGGGUCGUAUGUAGUGUUUGGAGUGAUGCUUGGGUACAUAGCUUUGCUUGCUGCGGUGUGUUUUGUAUGCGCAUUCAAGGUCAGAAAGUUGCCUGAAAACUACAACGAAGCCAAAUUUAUCACUUUUGGUAUGCUUGUUUAUUUUAUAUCUUGGGUCAUCUUUGUUCCAAUAUAUGUCACAUCAACAGGGAAAUACGUCCAGGCCAUCGAACUGGUGGUUAUUUUGAUUUCAAGUUAUGGAAUACUGAUCUGCCAGUUCUUCCCAAAGUGUUAUGUGAUUCUCUUUAAAAAGGAGCACAAUACAAAGGAUGCCUUUUUAAAGAAUGUAUAUGAGUAUGCAACAAAAACUGCAAACAACAUAGCGCUACCAAAUGGUCUACCUCCAGCUUCAAAGUCUACAGCUAAGGAAGAGGAUUCAGCAUUCUGCAAAACCAACCCAGGGUUUUUAGCUGAUGAAACCUCUCAAGUUAGGAGAAAUGAUAUCCAACAUGAAAGCUUUCAAAGGAUACUGGACAAUACAUUCUCAAGGAAAAGAGUUGCAAGUGUGUGAAUCCAGCUGCUCUGAAGAAGAGUUUAUAGUUUGCUUCCUGGUGGUAUUCAUAGGUCAAACUUGGUUUAUUUUGUCAAGCUUCACUUAUAGUGACUGCAUUACUUGCUUCUAAGAACACCAAGAUUAAAAUGAGAAGAUGUACAAAAUGUUCAGCUCUGUAUCUUCACACAAAACAGGAGCACUUUGCUGGUAGUUUAUGCAUAAGAGUUCUCAUUUUAGAAUGAAACCCUGAAAGCCUGAAAUCCAACCAAAUUCCAUUUCUGAAAAUAUGCUUAAAUGAAAUUUAACCUGAGUUCACCUAUUCAGUGUGUAAAAAUUGGAUUUGAUUUUAACCCAAUAACAGUACACAAUAAAACCCCAAACUCAGAACCCAUAUUUACGCACAUUAUUGAUUUGGGAAGGCAUUAUAUAACACUGAUUUGUGUUACAUGCACAAAUAAAUAAUAACAGAUCGUAAAUUGCUGUUCUAGGUGGUUUCACUUUUAAAUUGCAUACUUUUUUCAUGUUGAA